AUGCUUCUCCAAGCCGCUCUCUUUUCCCUUGGCGCAGUCGGCGCCCUUGCGCACGCUGUGGUCAAGACUCCCACCCCGAGGAAGGCUGGGGCAUUAUCUGAGGAACUCUGUGGGGCUGCAGUGUCGACAGUAUUGAACAGAGACCUCGCCGGCCCCAUCGAAAAUGCUGUUGAAGUUGCCGACGCUGAUUACAACUGCAAUGCCUAUGUCUGCCGAGGAUACCAGUACAAAGAUAACGAAGCGAGUCUUCACACGUUUCAAGCUGGGGACAUAGUCGAUUUCCAUAUUGUUCUUGUUGCCGGUCAUAGACCGGGAUACGCGAACGUGUCGGUGAUCGACCCAGUCAACAACGUCGUCCUUGGCAGUCCGUUGAAAACAUGGGAGGAGUGGCCGAUCAACAGCACGAACCCAAUCCAGGAUGAUGUUGACUUCAACAUAACCAUCCCAGAAAGACUGGCCUCUAUCUGUACCGAAGGUGGGAAGUGCGCUAUUCAAUGGUACUGGUACGCAAUCCGUGGCUCUCAAACUUAUGAGAGCUGCGUUGACUUUGUCAUCGUCGCUUGA